CAUUAAUGGCUUUAUACCAGAGGGUCGAGGUGGUCAUGUAGCUACAAUAUUCCAAAAUCAAAUUUAUUUUAUGGGAGGUGCUCGUAUAAUCCCAUCGACUAACCCAAUAAGGAGUCCAACAAGAGUAUAUAAUUUAUCGGACCAGGUUUUUUUCUUGGAUCUUUCAUCAUCAUUCUCUACAAGUAAUCCACCUUAUGUGGAUCUUUCCGAAACUUCUGCUCGAAUGACAUAUGGAUUUGAAAAAGGAGCUGCAGUAGUUGGUGGUCCUGCUAAUGAUAAUGUCUAUCUCGUAGAAGGUAUACAACAAGACCUUUCACUCCUUAAUAAAAUCGAUAAAAACGUAACAAUAACUUCGAAUCAAACAUUAAUGUAUAAUGAAUUACUCAAGACUUGGAACGUAACGAAUAAUACUAUUUUUAUGUACAAUCUGAGGGAGAAAUAUUGGACGAUUCCGAAGCCUAUUGGUGUGCCACCAAGUAUUAGACGUAGAUCAGCUUCAACGGUAAUAGAUAAAGAUGGAACAAAAAUAUAUAUGUUUGGAGGGAGAGCUGACACUAGUACUGGAUCGCCUAUCUUUAUUAUCUUUAAUGAUUUAUACACUUAUGAUACUAUUCUGUCUAAAUGGGAAACAAUUAAUGUGACUGAAAAUGCACCUAUAUCUCGAAGACCUACAUCUCCAGUAAAUAUGGAUGAAAUCGCAGUGUUCGAUACAAACUCCUUAAAGUGGUCAAAUAAGCAUGCAGAGAAUGCAUCUAGAAUUCAACCUCGAGUAGGCCAUACUGCGACUCUAUCACAAGAUAAAACUUCAAUUAUUAUUAUAGGCGGAACCACAGCCAGUAUAAUAGGACUUCGGAUUACUGCAUAUCCAAUUUUCAUAUUACUGGAUAUCUCAACUGAACCUUAUAAAUAUUCUGAAUUAAAUGAUUCUGGAGAACGACCACGUCCAUUAGCAUAUCAUACUGUAAAUUUAUAUCAAAAUUAUAUGAUAGUUGCUUUUGGUAAUAUUACUGAUGAAGUUUACGAAUCAAAUAAUACCAGUUCAACUAUUUAUUUAUUGGAUAUGCCAUGUCUAAAGUGGGUAACCACUUUUAUACCUAAUAACACAAGCUGUCCACCUCAAACUUUACUUCAACCUUCACCUCAAUCUACACCAAUUGGUGUAAUUAUUGGUACAACUAUUGCUGCUAUUAUAUUUGUAGUAUUGUUGAUUGCCGCUAUAUUAUAUAUACGCAGAAGAAGAAAAUCAAGAAAAGAUAUCCUCGAAAUCGGGCCAGACCAACCCAGAAACGAAUUAUUGGACUAG